AUGGGCCGUGCCCUCAUCUGCGUCGUCUUCUUUGCAAUGUGGCUGGCGCUCCUGCUCUACACGCAGGGCGGCUCCAUCUCUGUUGUUGCUGGCACUUCGCGAGACAUCUUCAUUCCACUGGUGGAGAGCAGGGAAGACUCCCAUGAAUCCCCGAACUUGCUGCAAAGCUACGCGAAGAUGGAUUCUGCGGACGCGUCCACGCCUGAGAUGUUGCCGCAGAGCUCGGAGGUUUUAGUUCCUGUGGUUCCUGUGGCUCCUGCGCCCGUGGCAAGCAAGCCGAUGAAGCCAAGAGGCCCGGAAGCACUGCCAGCCCAGCCGGCGAGACCUGCGAAGCCUGGCAAGUCAAGACUUGCCUAUGCAAGAUUUCCUAAAACUGGAAGCCGAUAUGCGAUCUCACACUUCCGAAGGGCCGUUCAAGAGCUUGCGGUCAUCCCGGAGCACCAGGCGGUAAAGGCCGUGGGCGUUGCAGCCAACGAGUUUCUGCUCGGGUCUGUGCGAAAUCCUUGCACAAGCUAUCUGAGUCUCUGGGCUUUCCAGUCCGAGGCCCAAAGGCGCGCUGGGGUGAUGGCGGACUUGCGCAAGAGGGACCCUGAGGCGUUCCUCAGGCUGAGGGGCCAGAAUGCCGCUGAUGGCUUCACCGGCCCAGAGGACGUCCGCCGGUUCCGCAACUGGAUCCGCUUCAUGAGCCACCCAGAAUACCCCAAAGUUAAGCUGGGUCUGCUCUCCGGCCGCUUCCAUGGAAAGUAUCUUUCAAGGGACCCGGACAUGGACAUGCGCGACAACGCCUUUCUGGUUCGAGGCCUGAGUGGAGAGGCGGCGGCGGAAACUGCCGAGGCGAUCCGUGCUGCAAGCGUUUCGGAGCUGGCAGACUGCUGGUUGCACACGGAGUCCUUGGAGUCCGACAUCAAGCGCUGUCUCAGGAACUUCGAAGGCUUGGGGGGCAAGGCCCGAGCCUUUUCUCUGGUGCAGUGGUCUCGACUUGGAGCUGAUAACGGGCAGCAUGGCACGUCCAAGCACGGGGGCUGCGAGAUCUUCUUCGACGAAGCCACUGCCACUUGGGCCCAGGCGAAGCUUGUCUAUGAGCUCGACGGACCUCUGUUCGAGAAGUUUGGCUAUGACACUUGCUGUGGCCAUGCGAUCCCUCCAGCUUCUACAGUGUCUUGUUUCUGUUUCUUGCUGCAGUGGUGGGGGUGGUGUCGAUUAGCCACAGAAGUUUGUGGGCAGCGCUUUCCGCAGUGUCACACGGUGCCAACUUUAGGCUCAAGCAUUCCUUCAGUCCGCUUUCCUGCCUGCAUCAGUCCCGGAACGAUGUCGCAGCAAACUUCGGUGUCGGCAUUCCUCAUCUCUCGCAUCCAGGAGCUGGGGGUGCAGCAUGUCUUCGGAAUCCCAGGAGACUAUGUGCUGCCCUUUUUUGAUGAGCUGAUCAAAGAGGGAAGCCCGGUCAAACAUGUCGGCACCUGCAACGAGCUCAAUGCUGCUUACCUCGCAGACGGGUACAGCCGUGUGAAAGGGUUUGGGGUUGCCGCUGUGACCUAUGGACCCGGUGCCUUCAACGCUGUCAAUGCCGUGGCAGGGGCAUACGAUGCUCAUGUCCCGCUGCUCCUGAUUUCGGGGGCGCCUCAGACAGCGAGAUAUCGCCAAGGCAACAAGCUGCUUCUGCAUCAUGCUGUCGGCAGUGACUUGGAUGCCACCAUACGCGUUUUUACACCCAUCACUGCUGCUGCAGCUCGCAUUGACGCAGUGGAGGAGGCCAUUCCAACAGUCGACUGGCUGCUGCGGGUUGCCCUCGACCAGAAGAGGCCAGUCUACCUGGAGAUCCCCUUCGACAUGCAGAAGGCACAAAUCCAAGUACCAGAUCCCUUGAACUACCAGCCGCCGUGCAGUGACGAGCAAGCCCUUCACAGAGUGGUGGAGCAAGUUGCACGUGUGGUGAACAGCGCGGGGAAGGUGGGUGUGUUGGUUGGCGUGUUCAUCGACAGGGAGGGCCUGCAACAGGUUGCGGAGGACAUGUUGAGCGCCACCAAGCUCCCAUUCGCCACUACGUUUGACCAAAAGGCUGGCUACCUAGAGUACCUCCCAAACUGCCUUGGCUUCUAUCAGGGAGGCAUUUCUGCGCAGGCGGUGCGCGAUGCCACCGAAGGUGCCGACAUCCUCUUGACUCUCGGGAUGCCGCGGACAGAGUUCACUCUGGGCUUUCUUACGCACGACUUCAAGGAGGACCGCAUGAUCGAGCUCGGCUACGAUGCUGUCAACUUGCAGGGGGAAGUGGUGCAUGGCGUUUACCUUCGGCAGCUGUUGCCACUCCUGGCACAAAAGAUCAUCCCACGUGCUGAGGAGCUGGUGGAGGACUCGUUUCCUUUCACUUACACGAAGCACCGGGCAGGUCCAGAGGACCGGCCGCUGACUGUGGACUUCAUGUACCCUGAGCUCGCUCACUUUGUGCAGGAAGGCGACAUUGUUACCGGCAACACGGGCGGCUACAUCAACUUGUCCAGAAUGCGCAUGAAGAAGGGCAACACCACGGCCGGUCCCACCAACUGGGCGUCCUUGGGGAACGUGUUCCCAAUUUCCGUUGGCAUGGCUUUUGCUGCACCUGAGCGUCGCAUCGUUUGCCUUGAGGGCGAUGGAUCCUUUCAAAUGACUGGUAUGGAGCUCGGCACCGUGCUGCGACACAAUCUCAACUUCCUCCUCAUCAUCCUGAACAAUGCGGGGUAUACGGCAGAGCGUGCCAUCCAUCCGGAGCGGGACGACUCCUACAACGACAUUCAAGUGUGGAACUACCACUUGCUGCCUGAGGCACUGGGUGGCAGGCCAGGUUCAAACGGCGUCGACGUGCUCACGGAGUCUCAGUUCACUGAGGCCCUAGCCGCUUACGAGUUCGGUAAGGGCUUGCACGUGGUGAAUGCAAGGCUGGACAAGAUGGACAUCCCCAGCUUCUUCCGUGAGAUGAGUGACAUGCUGCGCCACUGA